GGUAUGGUGUAAUUUGAAGUUUUAAAGCUGGGUUUGGAUUCUAGGGUUUAUCUGAUUUUUGGGUGUUUAUGAAUUGAAUUUUAGUUAAGAUUAUAUGUAGAGAAUUUGAAGGGGAUCGGGUAGGAUGAACAACAAACUGGAAUGAGAUUUUGGGUGUUUAUGAGUUAAAUUUUAGCUUUAUAUAUAUAUAUAGAGAGAGAGAGAGGAGGGCUGUUGUGAGAACACCUAAGAAGAACACUUUUUUUUAUGUGAGAACACAUCUAGACAUUUAGAUGUAAUCUAAUCUAACUAUUCUAAAUACACUUAUGAGUAAUGGCAUUUUUGUAAUUAGGUUUACCCUUACUCCCCUUCUUCCCCCACAAACUUUCACGUCUAUGGCGUCAUUUUUUUCUCUCUCUAGGUUUUGCACAGCUUUCUCUCUCCUCUAUGGCGUCAUUUAUGGAGUAAUUUUUCAAAGUUUUAGUUCGAUUUUUUGCGGAUUCCACACUAUUCUUUCCAUAACUCAAGAGAGACUAGCAUCAAUUGGAGUACCUGAGGAGUACUCAGAAGAGCUUCAACCUGGUUUAGUUCGUUUUAUAAGAAACAAGAAUUGGAUGUUGCCUGAUAUAGUCUCAGCCAUUUUACCUACGGACAUAGAUACUGCAGGAGUGGCUAGUGAAGGGAAUUUUGGAUCUGAGAACGCUUUGGACCGUUCUAACUUGAAAGAUUUCUAUCAUGAAAGUAUAAUUUGGCUAAAGUGGCUGAUGUUUGAGCAGGAACCAAGUAUUGCUUUAAAGAGCCUGGCUAAUCUGAGUGCUGGUCAGCGUGGUGUUUGUGGUGCUGUUUGGGGGAAAAAUGAUCUAGCAUUUCGCUGUAAAACCUGUGAGCAUGACCCCACUUGUGCUAUUUGUGUUCCUUGUUUCCAGAAUGGAAAUCACAAGAAUCACGACUAUUCUAUCAUUUAUACUGGAGGAGGUUGCUGUGAUUGUGGUGAUGAGACUGCCUGGAAACGAGAGGGAUUCUGUUCUAAGCACAGAGGAGCAGAACAAAUACAGCCUCUGCCGGCUGAGAUUGCUAAUUCAGUUGGACCAGUAUUGGAUCAUCUUCUCAUCUUCUGGAAAGGUAAACUAUUGGUUGCUGAUAACAUGUUGAGGGGUAAUGCAACCAACAAGCAUGACACUGAGCGGAGAAGAACUACUAUCGAUUUUUCCUCUGUUGUGCUGGAGAUGCUUCUGGAUUUUUGUAGUCACAGUGAAAGUCUGCUGAAUUUUGUUUCUAAGAGGUUGAUUGACACAGUUGAUUUACUGCAUUUGUUGGUGAGAGCUGAGAGGUUCUUGAGUACCGAGGUCACGAAAAUGUUGCAUGAGCUGCUUCUGAAGCUUCUGGGUGAACCUGUGUUCAAGCAUGAGUUUGCCAAAGUAUUCAUAGAUUAUUAUCCAGUUCCUAUAGCUGAAGCUCUGAGAACAUCUGAUGAUGAAGUUCUUAGAAGAUUUCCACUAUUGCCAAUGUUUGCUGUGCAAAUUUUUACUGUACCAACGCUGACGCCACAUCUUGUAAAAGAACGGAAUCUGCUGGCUGUGCUUUUGGAAUGUCUUGGGGAAAUUCUCUUUUCUUGCUGUGGAGAGGAUGAUCAAUUUCAGUUUAGCAAAUGGAUUGCUUUAUUUGAUACAUGUAUCCGUGUGAUGGAAGACAUCAAGUUUGUUUUAAGCCAUUCUGUCGUAGCCAAGUAUGUGACACAUGAACGUUCAGACAUUGUCAGAGUUUGGUUGCAAAUUUUUUCUUUAGUACAAGGGAUGAAUCCCCUAAAGCGAGAGACUAGCAUCCAUGUUGAAGAAGAACAUGAAAAUGCACAUCUGCCUUUUAUUAUCUGCAACUCUGUUGCCAACAUUCAUUUGCUGUUGGUGAAGAGUGCUUUUUCUGUUGCUGGUAGUGAAGAGAUGGAUGAUGAGGCUUCUAUCGAGACAGAGAGAAAAGACACUGAUGAUGUAUACAGCCAAAGGCAUGCUAAAGUUGGAAGGCUUUCUGAAGAAAGCUCCAUCUGCAAUUCAGUGGGCCACAGUAGCAUAUCAGAAUCUGCAGCGCAGAAGCUUGACGGUGAUCGUGAUUUGGUAGUUAUGCCUUCUGUCAUGCAGUUGACGUAUGAGUCAACAAAGGCUAUAGACUUUUGGUUGGCAGGGAGUAAUGUUGUAUCUCAUGUAACGAGUGACAUUUCAAAUAGCAAACUAUCAGCAUUUAAGGAAGCCUUAUUGAGAGUGAAGAAGGGAAAGUGCAUUUCAGGUUCAGCUGAUGGCUCCUCAGUGAUCAAUCUGCAUAGCCAUUCAGGUGUUGGAAGUCAAUGCUCUUCUACUGGUAGGCAUUACAGGCUUGCAAUGGAUAUUGGGGAUUUGGAUAAGGAUGUGAGUAUCAUGGAAACUGAAAAAUCCACUGAUAAAGAUGCCUUGUCUUUGCUGAGUUUAUCUGAUUGGCAAGAUAUUGACUAUGAUGUAAGUUCACAGGAGAUAUCACUGCAUAUGCCCUUGCAUGGAUUACUGUCUCUAAUCUUGAAGGAGGCUCUUAGACACUAUUAUGGUGAAUCUGUACUGAUAGAUAAGGGCACUGUCAUUUCUCUAAAUCCUUUAUCAUCCGAUCACGUUGAUUUCUUUCAAAAGGUACUUAAAGGCUGUCAUCCAUACGGAUUUUCUUCUCUCAUGAUGGAGCAUCCUCUGCAAAGCAGGGUAUUUUGCUCCCAGGUUCGUGCUGGGAUGUGGAGGAAAAAUGGUGAUGCUGCAAUAGUAUGUUGCGACUGGUAUCGUUCUAUUCGCUGGUCUGAUCAUGAGCUAGAACUUGAUCUUUUUUUGCUGCAGCUAUGUGCUGCAUUUGCUCCAGCUGAUCUAUAUGUAAGAAGAAUCCUGGAACGUUAUCAACUGUCCAAUUACCUUGCUUUGGAUCUCAAGCGUUCUAGUGAGCAUGAACCUGCUUUAAUGCAGGAAAUGCUCACUCUCAUAAUGCAGAUAGUCAAAGAGAGGCGAUUUAGUGGAAUGACAUCAUCUCAAAGUCUGGAAAGAGAACUAGUGUGCAAGCUUGCAACUGGUGAUGCUACACACAGCCAACUUGUCAAGGCCCUACCUAAGGAUCUAUCUAAAUUGGAUCAGCUGCAGGAGGUUUUAGAUAACAUUGCUCAAUAUUCUAAUCCAUCAGGGAUGAAUCAGGGGAAGUACGCUUUACGAAUGUCGUACUGGAAAGAACUUGAUUUGUAUCAUCCAUGCUGGAAUCCCAGAGACUUGCAGGUUGCUGAAGAAAGAUACUCCCGUUUUUGUGGUGUUUCUGCCCUGAGUGCUCAAUUGCCAAAAUGGACCAACAUUUAUCAACCACUAAUUGGAAUAGCUAGAAUAGCUACCUGCCAAACUAUUCUCCAGGUUAUUCGGGCUGUCAUCUAUUAUGCUGUCUCUAUGGUUAAAUCAGCAGAAUCACGCGCUCCUGACGGGGUACUUAUUGUAGCUCUGCACUUGCUGUCGCUAGCACUGGAUAUCUGCUCUUUAGAGAGAAAAUCUGGUUGUCUAUCUGCUCAUGGUGGGGAUUGCAGUCUGUUUCUGGCUAUCGCGACCGAGGAAAUUGAGGUGGGGUUGGAUGAUGAAUCUGGCUGUCAGAGUCUACUAUCACUUUUAGUCUUAUUGAUGCAAGCUCACAGGAAAGAAAACAUGGGUAGCUCAAUGGAAGCAGGGAACUUCAAUAUUUCAUCCCUUGUAGAAAUUCUAUUGAAGAAGUUUGCUGAGUUAGACUCCAUUUGCAUGACGAAACUACAUCAGUUUGCUCCUGAAAUUGUUAAUCACAAAGGUGACGAAAGAGUGGAUGUCCGUUCAGCAUCUGAUACAGAGAAGCGGAAAAUGAAAGCCAGAGAAAGACAAGCUGCCAUAUUGGCAAAAAUGAGAGCUGAGCAGUCCAAAUUUCUAGUAACCCUAAAGUCCUCCGUAGAUGCUGGGUCAAAUGACUCGGGAUUUGGGAAAGAGGAGCAUGCUUCUGAUGUACCACAAGAUUCAGAGGAAACACAUGUCUGUUGUCUUUGCCAUGAUCCUAAUUCCAGAAACCCGGUUUCUUUCCUUAUAUUGCUUCAGAAAUCUAGGAUAGUAAAGUUUGUUGACAGAGGUCCUCCUUCAUGGGACCAAGUCUGGCAGUCUGAUGGUACGGACAACUAUGUAUCGGCAUGUGUGAGGACAGAGCCUUCAACUAGGGGUGCUAAAACUAUGUUUGUGGAGAGUUCAUCAUCUUCCCAGUUGGUGCAGUUAGUUGAAGGUGCAAUAUGUGAGUUUGCUGCUGUGGCUCUACCUGCCGAACUCAAUGCUUUUAUUGAUUAUCUCAAGUAUCAGUUUCCUGAGGUGCGAAAGAAUCUUAGCCCGGAUAAAUUUACUGAGAAGAGGGAGAAGACUGCAUAUUCAUUUGAAUCGCUGGAGCAAGAUUUAUUUUCGUCAAUUCACAAAGAGAUUAGUUCUAUUCACGGCUCUGAUUUUAUCAAGGAUGGUGAAGGAAUCUCUUCUGAAGAGGAUACUGCAAGAUCAUCUUACCAUGCCCCUCUGUUGCUUGGAAAAUAUAUAGCUUCUCUGACAAAAGAGUUCAAGGAUUCUUCACAAAAUGGCAAUGUACCCAGAGUGGAGCCUGCUGUGCAGAUUCCUUCUUAUGAUGGAUUUGGCCCGUCAGAUUGUGAUGGCAUUCAUGUUUCAUCUUGUGGCCAUGCAGUUCAUCAAGGAUGUCUUGAUCGUUAUUUGUCAUCAUUAAAAGAAAGACUUAUCAGAAGAAUGAUAUUUGAAGGUGGACAUAUUGUCGAUCCAGAUCAAGGUGAGUUUCUCUGUCCAGUAUGUCGCCGCCUUGCGAACUCUACACUACCUGCUGCGGCAGGUGAUUCUCAUAAACUUUGGGAGCAGCCAACAGAUCCCACUAUCUCUGCAGCGCAUUCUUUUGGUUCUUUGACUGCGUCUGAAGAGGAGAGUGUUUCAUUGCGGCUUCAAUAUGCCUUGUCUAUGUUACAAACUGCAGCUUCCUUUGUUUCAACGGGCGAAAUGCUGAAGGCGUUGCCUAUGCAGAGGAACAGAAGGAUAAGGCCUAAUCUUGAACCUGUCUUCCAACUGCUAAGCGGGAUGUAUUUUCCAAGGAAGCAGGAUGUCUUCUCAAAAUCGGGGAGAGUGAGCCCCUCUGCUCUCAUGUGGACCACUCUCAAGUAUUCCAUUGUAUCAACAGAAAUUGCUGCUCGCUGCGGAAAGAACUCUCUGAGUGCAAGGAAUGGCAUUAGUUCUCUGUAUGAUGAAUUUAGGUCAUCUAGUGGGUUUGUAUUGCAAUUGCUGCUAAAAACCAUCCAAAGCACUAGGAGCAAAAACUUGCCAGAUUUGCUAUUAAGAUUUAGAGGCCUUCAACUAUUUUCAGCAUCUAUUUGUUCUGGCAUUACCAGUGAUAAGUAUCUUGGGGGAGCAAUCAGUGGAGAAGGUAAAGUGUUGGGCAUAUUAAAACAUACAAACGGGGAGAUGCUGUAUCCUGACAUGCAAUUUUGGGACCAAGCUUCAAAUCCUGUUCUGAUUCAUGAUCCUUUCUCGACAUUGAUGUGGAUUCUAUUUUGCCUUCCCUAUCCAUUCCUCUCAUCAAGAGAGUCUUUCUUAUCUCUCGUGCAUGUCUUUUAUGGUGUGUCUAUUAUUCAGGCUGUAAUCACGUACUGUUCAUACUCAGACUGCAACGUGAAUGAUUUAGGCUUUAAUGAUUGCCUGGUUAAUGAUAUUGCCAAAUUAGCUGGAAAAUCUUCCAUUACAAAGCAGUUUUUCAUUUCAAAUUAUAUUGAUCCUUCUUGUCAUGUCAAGGAUGUGAUUGAUAAUUUUAGCUUACCAUAUUUGCGAAGAUGCCUGUUGUUAUGGAAACUUCUGAAGUCUUCUGCCACUUCACCUUCCGCUUCAAGGUUUGGUGACUUUGAUGAAUCAUUGGAGAUCUCUGAUUGCCAGGCGGCUAGUGUUGUCCUUGGAGAUAUGGAUGAGAUUAGUAAAUUGCGAAAUAUGUUCAAAAUUCCUACAUUGGAUAUAGUUCUUAAAGAUGGAGGUCUACGUUCUAUGAUGUUGAAAUGGUUUCAUCAUUUUUCUAUGGAAUUUGAGGACCAACGUGUUCAACAUUCUCUGCGUGCAACUCCAGCAAUUCCAUUUCAGUUGAUGCGUCUUCCUGUUGUUUACCAGGAUCUUAUGCAGAGGUAUAUUAAAGUCCAAUGCCCUAGCUGUGAAACUAUGCAAGAGGAGCCUGCCUUGUGCCUUUUAUGUGGUAGACUAUGUUCUCCAGCAUGGAAGUCUUGUUGCAGUGAAAGUGGAUGCCAAGCUCAUGCAGCGUUGUGUGGUGCUGGGACUGGGGUAUUCCUCUUAAUUAGGAAAACGACAAUCUUGCUUCAGCGCAAUGCAAGACAAGCUCCUUGGCACUCGCCUUACCUUGAUGCAUUUGGUGAAGAGGAUGUUGAGAUGCGUAGGGGCAAACCAUUAUAUCUGAAUGAGGAACGCUAUGCAGCUUUGACAUACAUGGUGGCUUCUCAUGGCCUAGAUCGAAGUACUAAAGUUCUUCGUCAAACCACAAUCGGUACCUUCUUCAUGGUUUAGCUCUCCAAAUGUUCUAUUUUGCAAGGGCAUUGUUAAUUGAUCUGACAUGAAAGGGGAGAAGGGUCGGAAAUGUAGAGACUCUACAGGGUAAUUAUCCUUACCUCAAAGCUGGCGUCCAAAUUAGUUUUUUCCAGCACUGCCUUCGUGGAACUCCAUCAUUUGCCAAGUGCUUUUUAUAUGGAGUUAGAAAUGGAACUUUGGAAGCUUUAUACGUCCGGACCUCUAUACUUCAACAUGGAUUCUUGAUGUCCAAGCCAACGCAAACACAUAACAGGCUAACAGUCUAUUGGUAGAUGGUAAUAAGUAAUGGUAAUAGUAACAAAACUUGUGUAGCUUGUAUAGUACUUGUCAAUGUCCAUGGCAAUGCUUGUCAACUCCCAAUCAUCUGAUCUUAUUCAUCAAAAUAUCAUGACUAUCCAUUACCACUUUAGAGGUGGUAUCGAGUGGGAAUGAAAAUUUGCAAAGGAAACCACGUGUUCAGAGACGAGAUACCAUUACCAUAGAAUUUAGUAGUUAGUUUUUCUUGCAAAUUUCAUUUGAUAUUAGCACCAUUUAGUAUCGCCUACCAAACGGUUAUAACUAUGUGUUCUUGAAAAAGAAGUGUUGGUUAAAUGAUAAAGCUUUGCAGUUUGUAGGGUCAGAAUAUUGAAUUAUCAUUUGGGGAAUUUUUAAAUUAGUCAUGACUCACAGGAUUCAGGAAGGUCACUUAGCGUUUAACUAGUUAGCUUGGUUAGAGUCUGGAAAAAAUUGAGCACUUUGAGAUUUGGUAAAUGACUGGCUCUAUCUUUUUGAGGUACUGGCUCUAUCUUUUUGAGGUACGAUAUCUGCUAGCACAUAAAACCAUACUCAUCUGAUGAAAUUAUCUUCAUCUUGAAGGGUGCUCUAUAAUUUUGAAUGUCAAUAAUUGCUUUAUUUCAGACAAUACUCUUAACUAUUUCAAUUUAGGUUAUGCAUACAUGAUACAUCAUACUAAAAAUUUGUUUAUAAUUGCAUUCCUAUUGAGAAGAUGAUAAGUAAUACGUAUACAGCAAUGAUAUUUCAGAUGGGAUAGUAGAUUGAUGUCUUAAGUGAUCUUUGUUUGGAAGUUGAAACAAAGAAAACAAAAGCUAAAGAGGACGGAUGAUAUGGAAUUGAUUAGGCAUUCUACUUCUCUGAAUUAAACUUAUUGAAGUUUAUUCUAUAAUUCAUUGGCAGUUAUUGGAACUUAUAUGAACGUCUAAACUUAAAUUUCUAAAGUGAAGAGAACGCAUCCCAAAUAGCCAGGAGUCUUGUUAAAGCAAAAAUAUAUAGGCAUGCAUGUGUGCGAUAUACACUAAACCCGCUAACCAUGACCCUGCUCAAUUGGGAAAGACCUGCUAGUAUUGCAGUUUGGUGUACACUUAACCCACAUAACCAUAAGUCCAUAACCCUCUCAAUUGGGGAAGACCAGCUAGUGAGAUAGGAGGCGUAGAGCGUCUUGCAGUUUGGCGUUUUUUAAAUAGGGAUUUAGUGCUUUGGCAACCAAAUCUAGGUUUGCAUGCGUUGAGUGUAGUUCUGUACUUGCAAACCGUUUUAGGCGAUGCUUUAUUCUUUGGAAUUCUCGCAAUUUCUUCGUUGUAUCAAUCAGUGAUGUGUAACCUUAGUGUAAAAAUGAGAAUUUGAAACAUAACAAUAUGUUUUCUUUUUGUGAUUUCCUUUCGGUUGUAGUGUAGGAAUAUAUAGCUGCAAAUAGCGGAUUUUUAGGAAACAAUUUCUUAACAUUUAUCAUUAGAUCGCAAACAUAAUCAAACACAUGAAUCAUUCAAUAGGGAUUAAAUAUCAAACCUUUAUAGCGUGAUUUUCCUGUUGUAUGCAAACUUUGAAGAUUUGAGAGUCCCAAGUGUUGUUCCUCUAAUCACUCCACGAGCAUUAGUUAAACACCAACGUCUACUAGAACCGAAGAGAAGAAAUUCUCUUGCUUUUGAUGGUAUAGGCGUAGGUGUAGAAGAAAUAGUUUAAGGUUUCUCUCUCUUGUGAAAAAAAUUUGAUUAAUGAAUUGAUCACCUAAAUCCUAAUAU